AUGCCGCCUCCAAAUAGCUUAAAUAAAGCCAAGCAUUCUGGACCUGCUGGACCCAAGAGAAGCCAUCGCCAACAUUCUUCCAGAUUCAAUAUUAGCAAAAAUCGAGAAUUACAAAAUCUACCAUCGUUUAAAGAUGCUCCAACUGAAGAACGUGAGGAUUUGUUCGUGCAAAAAAUUAGGCAGUGUUUGGUCAUAUUCGAUUUUGUAAAAGAUGCAACAAGCGAUGUCAAGUGGAAAGAAAUAAAGAGAGCCGCUCUGAAUGAAAUGAUUGACUACAUUUCGCAUAAUCGUGGAGUAAUUACGGAAACAAUUUACCCCGAAAUUAUUAAUAUGUUUGCUGUAAACACGUUUCGGACGUUACCACCGUCGUCUAAUCCUGUCGGAGCUGAAUAUGAUCCCGAAGAAGAUGAACCUAAUUUAGAAGCAGCCUGGCCCCAUCUACAGUUUGUAUACGAGCUCAUCCUAAAGUUUCUAGAGUCCCCAGAUUUCCAACCAGCUAUUGCCAAGCGAUAUAUUGAUCAAAAAUUUGUUUUGCAAGUCUUAGAGCUAUUUGACAGUGAGGAUCCGCGCGAAAGAGAUUUCUUAAAAACUAUACUUCACAGAAUAUAUGGAAAAUUUUUGAAUUUAAGGGCGUACAUCAGAAGACAAAUUAAUAAUAUAUUUUAUCGAUUUAUUUACGAAGCGGAACAGUUUAACGGUAUAGCUGAAUUGCUUGAAAUCUUGGGCAGCAUAAUAAAUGGAUUCGCGCUGCCACUUAAAGAGGAACACAAAACUUUCUUGUUGAAAACAUUGCUUCCUCUUCACACGGUCAAAUCACUUAGCUGUCAUCAUCCACAGCUGGCGUAUUGUGUUGUACAAUUCCUGGAGAAAGAUCCAGCUUUAUCGGAACCGGUAACACGCGUAUUUCUAAAGUAUUGGCCUAAAUCUCAUAGCCCAAAAGAAGUUAUGUUCCUCAAUGAAUUGGAAGAGAUAUUGGACGUAAUUGAACCUACUGAGUUCGUUAAAAUUCAAGAGCCUUUAUUUCAGCAACUUGCGAAAUGUAUUGCUAGUCCGCAUUUUCAGGUUGCUGAACGCGCAUUAUUCUUUUGGAAUAACGAAUAUAUUAUGAACUUAGUUGGUGAAAAUAUUUCCGUAAUUUUACCAAUUGUGUUUUCAACAUUGUAUCAGAACUCUAAAUCGCACUGGAAUAAGACAAUUCAUGGCUUAAUCUAUAAUGCUUUAAAACUUUUUAUGGAAUUAAAUCAAAAGCUCUUUGAUGAAUGCACCAAAAAAUAUCAAGAGGAAAAAAAAUUAGAAAAGGAAAAACGACAAAAACGUUUAGAUGCUUGGUUAAAAAUUGAACAGCGGGCUCUGCAAAAUCCACUUGUAAGGAUACUUUGUAAUUUUUAUAUUAAAAUGCUUCUGCAUAAUCUUUACUAA